UAGUUUAUAAUGUUAUCCUUGACCAUGAACCGUUCAGGCAUUCAAAUUACAUAUUAAUUUGUUUAUGUUUUGUUUUAUAUUCUGACUAACAUUUGUAAGUGAUUAUUUUUAUUGGAAAUAUUGUGAUCUCCACCCUAUAAAUGCCUAAACAUAAAGGAACAUCAGAACCACUUCUAAGUCCUAAUUCAUCAUUUUACUCCAUUUCCUUCAGGACACAGAACUUGUGAUGAAGAUGAAUGGUACUUACAAAAGGUUGGAGGGCAAGGUGGCAAUUAUCACCGGAGGUGCAAGUGGGAUUGGAGCAAGUGCCGUGCACAUAUUCCAUGAACAAGGUGCCAAAGUUGUGAUAGCCGAUAUCCAAGAUGAACUUGGCCAAGCCAUUGCCAAUAAGCUAGGUGAAGAUGUUUGCUACCUCCACUGUGAUGUAUCGAACGAAGACGAUGUUACCAAUCUUGUAGACACCACCAUUACCAAACAUGGAAAGCUCGACAUCAUGUACAACAAUGCAGGCGUCUUAGACCGUCCCUUUGGGAGCAUUUUGGAUACCACAAAGGCUGACCUUGACCGAUGUGUCGGGGUUAACUUGGGUGGUGCUUUCCUAGGAGCCAAACAUGCUGCAAGAGUCAUGGUACCCCAAUGCAAGGGUGUCAUACUAUUUACUGCUAGUGCUUGUACAUCAAUUGCAGGACUUUCAACUCACUCUUAUGCUGCUUCAAAAUAUGCAAUAUUGGGUCUAGCCAAGAACUUGGCAUCUGAGCUUGGGCAGUAUGGAAUAAGAGUGAAUUGUGUUUCGCCUUAUGCAGUGCUGACAGGCAUGAAUUCAAAGGGGCUUCAUGAAGAUGUUGUUGCAGAAGCAGAAGUUAGAGCAACCAAGAUGGGUAAUCUGCAGGGGCAGGUUCUUAAGCCAGAGGGUAUUGCACGGGCUGCUCUCUACUUGGCUAGUGAUGAGUCUAAUUUUGUGAGUGGGCUCAACCUUGUGGUGGAUGGUGGGUUCAGCGUGGUCAAUCCAACCAUGUUGAAGGCUCUUAAAAUUGUUCCAUAA